AUGAUCCAGGAACUCUGUGCCGAGUUGAAUGAGACCUCAGUCGACAACCUGACUUGCAUCCUCCCUGCUCUGAAGAACCGUUCGGUCCUCAAGAUGGCGGCAGAGGCCACCGGAUUGGCUAAGCUAGAUACCUUCCUGGCUGGUAUAUUCGCCGACUGGGAUAUUUACUCGACUAUCAUCACCACGGUCAUUGUUUUAUUCGCCACAUACUCUUUACUAUCGUCAAAAGAUCCUGAUGUUCACCCUUACCUCCUUGCUAGACAAGCUACAGAAGCUCCUGUGAGACAACCAGGUCAAUCAGCUGCAUUCAGAAACCUAGAGGUGCCCCAUGGCUUUCCCUUGAAGAGCGGUUUAAAUGUCAAGGACCCCGAAGCUCCAAAAUGGACAGGCGGACGCAAUGGUGACUUGCGUGAUAUCUGGAAGACCGCCCUUCGUGGCUCAACUGGUGAAGUCGGAACCACUGCCGGACAGCGCGGCAAGAUAUACAGUGUUCUAGGAAAGAGUGCCAUUGAGCGCACUCUAGACGAAAUCACAGCAGAGAUUAACGUCAUUGGUAGAUAUGUCCAGGACUCCAAGGCCAAAGUUGUUGCUAUCAGCUUGUCUGAUUCCGUCGAGCUGUUGGCUUCUCUGUUUGCCAGCGCCUUCUACGGCUUCCAGACAGUCUUGAUCCCACACAACCUGGAUCCCAAGCAGCUAGGAAGCUACCUAAACAAGGUUCAAGCGGAAUUACUCAUUGCAGAAGCCGGUGCCGUCGAUCUUACAGUCAUUACCUCAGGUAACAAGCAGUUAAAAAAUGUCAUUUGGGUUGCAAAAGAGGGAAGCCGACACAUGGAUUGGAAUGAGGUUCCCGCAAAAGCUGCCGGCAGUGUCAAGGUCGCUGUAUGGCACGAGCUUGUAGAAGAAAAGAAGAAACUUGAUGAUACGGAGGUUCCUGCUUAUGAUCCCAAGUCUGCAACUCCUUCUAUAAUUGCUUUCUGGCCCAACAGCGAAGAAUUUAUUGAAUAUAAGCCUCAGAACAUUGUCUCUGCAAUCGGUGCACUUCUCAGCUCAUUGCCCAGAAACCAACGCUUGGAUUCCAAAGACGUGGUCCUAACCAUUGACUCGCUUAUCCGCCCCUACGCAUUGAGUUGGAUCUUGGCUGCUCUCUACUCUAAUUCGUCCAUUGCAUUGAACUCUGUCGCUGGUGAGGGAGUCGACUUUGCACUUGCAACCUUGGGCAUUUCACCAACUGUGAUCGUAUCUUCAGCACGCACUGUCUCUGACUAUCACAAGAAAUUCAUGAAGCCCCACACCGGCCUUAUCUCGUCUAUAAGCCGUUCGACCCAAGCGCGCACACUCGAUGCUGGGCGAAUGCCGUCUCAGAAUGCCCUCAGUCGCUUGGCCAAUAUUGGACCCACUGCUGAGUUAUCCUUGUCGGAGCUUCGAUUGCUUGCCAUUUCUUAUCCCGUCGAUGGCUCUCCGGAGGAUCUUUUGAGUUCAGAAUUAUUGACCGAUCUUCGCAUCUUUACUGGUGCUCGCAUCGUGUAUUCUUUGACUGCGCCUGGUAUUGCCGGCGGUAUUGCUCAGACCCAUUUGUUUGAUUACAGACGACACUCGGGUCCCGCUCAUUUCGGUGCCCCAUUGAGCAGUAUCGAGAUUGUGCUAAGCGGCCACACUGAGGACACAGGUAUUGAGAGAGCCGUUGAGGGACAGCUUACGGUUACUGGACCGGCGGUUGUUACCAAGACUGUUACGAUUCCUGUGCGUGCACGUUUCCGCGAUGACAACACGCUGCAAUUGCUCAAGUAG